AUGGGGUGCACGCAGUCAAAGAAUGGAGAGGACUCGGCCGCAGCACGGCGCAACCGAGAGCUGCAGCGGGCACUUGAGCAGGACAACAAGACGGAGCAGGAGAAGAUAAAGCUGCUGCUGCUGGGACCGGGAGAGAGCGGGAAAAGCACCAUCUUCCGCCAGAUGAAGCUAAUCUACGGGGUCAUCUCUGAGGAUGACAGGGUUAGCCUCACGCCGGUGGUUUACGCCAACACGAUCAGCACGAUCAAGAUGGUCAUCAAGAAGGCGGGCUUCUACGGCUUCGAAAAGCAGGUGGUGGACCAGGAUGCGAUAGGGUUGAUACGAAGUUUGGAGGAUCAGGCGCCCAUCGACGAGAAGGUUGGGCAAGCCAUCACGGCCUUGUGGGGGGAUCCUAUGAUCCAAAAGACGUGGGAGAAGCGCAGCGAGUACCAGGUGAUCGAGAGCAUGAAGUACUUCCUGGACGGUAUGUCUAGGAUUAUGCAGCCUGAGUACGUGGCCACGCCACAGGACAUCCUGCACAUUCGGAUACGCAGCUCAGGGAUCGUGGUAGACAAGUACCGCAUCGACGGGACGACCUUCGAGAUGUACGACGUGGGGGGGCAGCGCAACGAGCGCAAGAAGUGGAUUCACUGCUUCGACAACGUGACCGCCGUCAUCUACGUCGCCGCUCUGUCGGAGUACAACCAGGGCAUGUUUGAGGACGCGAACACCAACCGCAUGACGGAGGCGGUGAACCUCUUCCAGGGCAUCUGCAGCAAUUCCUACUUCAAGCGCUCCAGCAUCAUCCUCUUCCUCAACAAGAAAGACCUCUUCGCAGAAAAGUUGGCGACGAACCCCAUCAACCAUACCAAGGAGUGGUCGGACUUUAAGGGGGCCUGCACAUUCGACAGAGGGGUUUCCUACUUCUUGGAGAAGUUCAACGCGGCGAACACGGCCAAAAAGACCGUGUACCACCACGUAACCUGUGCCACCGACAGCGAGAACAUCGAGGUGGUCUUCAACUCCUGCAAGGACACAAUCUUGAGAAUCAACUUCAGGUGCAGACACACAAUGCCACCGCCAUCGUCUUGA